AUCUUCCCAAUAUGGAUUCGGUUAGGCUCAACGAAAGGCAGACUUAUUCCAAAGAAAAGGAUAUUAUUAGUGGAAUUUAUUCCGGAAUAGCAGGAGCUGACAGUAAUCUCUCAAAUUCCUGCCUGAAAAAGAUGUUGAUUAAAGGUCAUAGGAAGGAUAUGAGAUUUUUAAGAAGACAUGUGUUUGUACUAAGCUAUCUUUGAGUUGGUUAUGGCAUUCAUUACAGUGCUUAUUCAUGGAAUUUCAAUUGGAAACACCCAACUGAUGUAAAGAAGAUUUUAAGAACUUUAAAACCUAGAGCUAUCUCAGAUUUUUUGAUUAUUAGUGAUAAAUUAAUUCCUGCAGGUCUCCCAUUGAACAAUUUUAAAAAGUUCUCUAUGGACUUAUUAGAAUUUUCUGCAUACACACUGAAGGAAUGUCAAAUUGAGGGAUUGGAUUUAUCGACAAAACAGUUCAAAUAAAAUUGUGCAAUGAUGCCGAUGGAUCAAAUUUAUUGACUUCCAAAGAUGUGCUAUUCAUUUUGAUGGAAUAACUCUUAAUAACACUCUUGAGUACAAGACAGAGAUGAUAUGAUUCAAUUCGAUUGAAGAGCAGACAACUGGUGAAGUUGGAAAUGAUUCUAGUACUAGACUCUUGUCAAUUGAAUCCUUUAAAAAUUUAAUCACAAGCAUAUCUGAAUGUGGUCUCAAAAAAUCUUUAAAAAGAUUAAGCUUAGGCCAAUGUGAACUCAAGCAAGUACAAGUCCUCACCUCUCUUGAAGAACUCAAUCUCUACAACCUAAAGAUCUCUUUCUUCAGUAUCCCCGAAGACAAGCACAGAAAUCUCUUGCUGGACCCCAAAACUUCUAAUCCUGACGAAACUCUCCCACUCCUUAAUAAGAAAAAAUGCAUAAUUCAAUAAAACCCA